UGUUGCCAGUAAAUUGCUGUAAAGAUCACGUAUUUUUUUUCCUUUUUUUUCUCCAGUGUAGGGACACAAGAAUGAGUCGAACUGGCAGACAAACCUAUCAGGGUCGAGUUUCUCAAAAGCAUCGUAGCACAAAGAUAAUCGUUAAAUAGAUUAGAGCACUGUAUUUCUCAGUUUUAGAUUAUCUUAACGUUACGACGCAUUUGGGAAUCUCAGCCCUUAAUCACAUAAUAAAAUAGCGUCAUCAGGUCUGAGACAAUUUAAAACGAUAAUUUAAAAUAAAUAGUUUGUAAUAAUUAAAAUAUACCAUCAGUUCAGUAAAUCUGCCUAGUAGGCGUGCUCUUUAUCAGAGGCUCCACCCCGCAGAUAUUUUGCUACCAGUCUGACAGGCAAAAUACUUUUCAGAAAACGAAAGCUGGACAGUGAAGCAGGAGACAGAUCUGACAAUAACUGAUCUGACAGUAACUGAUCUGACAGUAACUGAUCUGACAAUGACGGAGCAAAGAAGGCGCCACAAUCCUAAAGACAGCACCCUGAGAUUUGUCACUAGAGCGGAUGACAUUACCCUUGAUGAUGAUCCCAAUACCCAGAGAUUAGAGAUGUCUUGUGGCCACGCUGUCACGCCUGAAUCCCUCACAGCCUACUGUCGCAGUCUUCUGGAUAAGGGUGACUACAAAUUCGUGUGUCCAGCUAUAAAGCAGGGAACUGAUACAUGUGGGGCUGAGUGGCCAUACAUGGAAGUGCGGAGGAUUGCUUUACUGACUCAAGAAGAGCAGAACCACUUUGAAGAGACAAUGGCUGUAUUGGCAGCAGCUAAGUACUGUGAAUACAACCCAUGCCCCGGUUGCAAUUCAUAUGUUGAGAGGCAGGAUUUGACCAACCUCUGUGUACUCUGCACCAUCUGUACAUCAGAUACUGGUGAGAGGUUUGAGUUCUGCUGGCAGUGUCUGAAGACGUGGAAAGGGCCAGCACCUCGCUCAGACAAGUGUGACAACAGCAACUGUGUUAACCCAACACUUGAGAAGCUAUUAAAUUGUAAGGACACAACCCUUCCUGAGGUUCAAGACCUAAUAUGUCCCUCACUGCGAGCUUGUCCUACAUGUGGAAACCUGGUAGAGCAUGACACAACAGGGUGUAAGAAUAUAAUAUGUAAUCGCUGCCAUAUUGAAUUCUGCUUUUCUUGUCUGAAGAUAACUGAAGAUUGUCUAGAAACAAGCUCAUACUUUAAACCUUGCUCAGAUGGUGUAGCACCUCGGCAAACAUCCAUUCCAACCUGGAGAAAGUAGGUAAUUGAAAUCUUGGCAUAAUAUAAACACCAAAAAGCACAUUUUGUGUCUGCUUAAGUGUUUCUAUGAGUAUAGCUUAAUAGUUUAAUAAUAUAGGAUAAUACAAUCUAAAUGCAAUAUGAUCAAAAGUAAAGCACAGCUGUCUUCAGGCUAUAUUGAAAAGUAUAAUAUGUUUGUCUUUAUUGUUAUUAGUUUUAUAACAUAAUUUUGAUUAUCACAGAAAAGAUAGACUGAGCUUUUUAGUUCAAAAGGCCUCAUUUAUCAAGCUGAGUAUGAACUGCUUUAUUCAUAAAUUGUUCAUGGGGCAUUUAUGCAAUAAAUUUGGUAUUCAUGAAGAUCCUGUAAGUUUAGAAAGUGUCUUGAAGGCUCUUCAUUUGUAAACAAUCCUUCUGGCUGUAGAAUGGUGAAUUUCAAAUUGAUGGAGAUGGCCUUAUAACCCUUCCUAGAUUUAUGAGCAGCAAUAAUUCUUCUCUCAGGUCAUGGCUGAUGUCCUUUCUUCUUGGCAUGAUGUAGACACACGAGUGCUGCCAAACUGCCAAAAUUUCUGAUUUUAUAGAGGUACUUACACUUCUCGAUGAUUAACUAAUCUUGUGUGUUUCAUUAGUAACACCUGGCUGCUAAUUACUCUCUUAAUAAUUGUGGUAGUAGGAAGGGUAGUUGGUGAAAAUAACUACAUAUUGAAAUUUGUUGUGUUUUUUUUUUGUUUGUUUGUUUGCUUAUAGAAGUUGGUGAGGACCACACAAUUGUUAUUUAGGCUCUGAUAAAUAAAAACAUAGAAUUGAAAGAGGUUGUACUUUCUUUUUAGCAUGACCGUAGUUUGCUAUGAGUUACUGCACUUUUAUAUACAGAUUAUGCUGUCAAGCUUCUAACCUGAAGUCGCCAAGAUUCUUUGCUUUGAAUAAAAAAAAAAAAUAGCAGUUUCCUUGUGUGGUGUGCUUGGUAUCUAUGAUCAUUUGGGUACAGAAGCUAUAUAUAUAUUUUUGUCUGUUUUCAUGUCAAGACAUUUUGUUUCGCUAUUAAAUAAUAUAUAUACCCUUGAGUCAAAAUAACUCUCACCUCUAAC